UGGAGCCACACACCAGGGCAGCCCCCCAGGCUUAGCCCCCAUACCCCUUUAAACUCUGCAGCCCCACCUCUCUUCCCCCAGUUUCUCUCAGGCACAGGCCAAGCUGCUCAUUAACAACCCUGCAGCCACCUGCUGCCUGGCUAUUUCUCUGCCCUGGUGGCCAGCUGGGCCCAGGUUCCCUGGGACCCUUUUGCAGGACGUACAGCCUGGCUCAGCCCCUCUCCCACUAUGGCCUCUCUGCAGCUCCAGCAGUUCUGCUGCCAAAGUCUCGCUACCCGCCUGGUGUGGCGCUUCCACCCGCAGGUGUGGAAUGGGCUGUGCCUGGGCAGUGCUGCGGUAGGCCUGCUCGGGCUGCUCCUGCAGGCUCUGGCCAGGCACCGCCGGGGCUGUGGCAAGGUGGCUAGCAGAGGCUCAGAGAGCAGGCUCCGUGCUGCCAGGGGGAUAGUAGCUGCCAUUACUGCCAGCAGCUGUCUGGGCACUGCAGGGAUCCUGAGCCGCUCUGUGCUGUGGCUAGCAGGCCCCCCCGGCUCUGCCAGCCAGCCUCCAGUGAAUGGGACAGCAGGCUUUGCUGGGCCACUCUGCACUCUGGCUGUGAUGUGGGUGCAGUACUUCUACACGGCUCACUUCUGGGCCUUGUUCUGCUACGCGCUGGAGGCUGUUCAGCUGCUGCGGAGACCUGCAGGCUGCAGGUCCCUGACUCCCUACUACUUGUUGUGCUGGGGCCUGUCCAGCACCCAGUGCCUGUGGGGCGUCCAGCAGCUCCUGUCCCCUGCCAGUGCCAGGUGUGACUCGCAGCGCCCACUGGCACAGGCCCUGGCUGUGGCUCACUACACUGCUGCCUACGUGCCGCUCUUGCUGGUCCUGCUGCUGAACCCGCUGCUUCUCAACAGGGCCCUCUGUGCAGCCACAGCCCUGCUGAGGGGGCAGACGGGCAGGUACACAGCCAGCGAGCGGCUCCAGGAGCAGCAGCUUAGGAGGAGAUUCACCAGCAUCACUGUUACCUUCACUGCCUGCUGGCUAGGGAAUGUGGUGAACGAUGGGCUGCUCCUGCUAGAGCCUGCAUGGUGCACGGAGACCCUGCGGCUGCUGCACGUGGCCAUCCGGACCUCCUGGAUCAUUGUGGCCAUCCUGAACCCCAUGUCAGGACUCCUGCUGUCUCUGGCGCUGGUGGGCUGGCAGCAGGCAGGGCAGCCGGCGGGCAGAGCUCUCCGCAGGGAUGAGCAGAGCAGCAGCGAGGACUCUCCUGAGCCUGUCCUGGGCCGUGUGGCUGUGCCUGGCCAGUUGCGGGCCCCCAACCUGCUCAGCCUCCUGACCUCCGGGGCAUCCCUGGAGUUACCGGUAAUCUCGGUGUGGCAGAGACAUGCGCUCUGCCCCCAGCCACGCUGCGAUGGACGGACGGCUGGAGGGAGCGGCAGGCGAAGCUGAGGGUGCCUGCCCCACGAGAUGGCUCCGUGAAGGGACAGACUGACAGCUGCUACGGUGUGAAUAAAGGCUGCUGGGCUCAAGCCCACUCGCUGCACCCCCCCAGCUUGGGCCAGGCUGGCUCGGGGGAGGGGGCCACAGCAUCUGCCUGGGCUGCCCGUGGAUUCGCUGCUUCCCAGGCUGGCGGGGGGAGCAGACUGUGGCUUUGGGCUUGAGCCAGCCAGGGCCCAGCAGGAAGAGCCCCUUGUCCUCGGAGCUUGCAGCCCAAACCAUGCUCCUGCCCCCGGCUCACACGAGGGGCUUCCUGGACUGGACUGGGGGGGGGGGGAGCUCUGCCUGCAUUUCUAACUACAGUGGGGAGAAGCUCAAACCCCUUCCCUCCCAGCUAUUCCAGCCUCUGUCCCCCUCCACCCAGGGCUAGGCUGGCUCUGCCCUCCCCCCCCCCCCAGCCUUGAAUUCAGGGGGUCAGGCAAGAGCGUGAGGGGAGAUGGUAGCUGGGGGGCACAGACGGGGGUGGGGGGAGGAUGCAGUGCACUAGCCCCAGGCUGCACCUAGCUGACUCAGCCAGUUUUAUCAUACCAGCUACCGCCCCCAGGCCUUGCCCAGCCCGGCAAGUCACUGCUGAUGCAACCUCCUCGCCACCCUGCUCCCACUACCAGCCACAACCAGCACGCCUGCUGGAGCAGCCGGGGCUCCCCCCGUAACCAGGGCCCAGCUCUGCCCCCCCCACAGUGCCCCCUGCUGGGAGAGGCUGGGCUGGAGCAGCCGAGGGCUCCCCCCCCCCGUAACCAGGGCCCUGCCCUGCCCCCCACAGCGCCCCCUGCUGGGAGACGCUGGGCUGGAGCAGCCGGGGGCUCCCCCCGUAACCAGGGCCCUGCCCUGCCCCCCCCCACAGCGCCCCCUGCUGGGAGACGCUGGGCUGGAGCAGCCGGGGGCUCCCCCCCACAGCCAG